AAUACAUAUCCGUGUUGAGAACACCAGUCAGAUACCAACAGCUACAGUCUCAGGUAUAGUCUUUUGCGAUUCAGUAGUGUAAGAAAGUCAAAUUGUGUAAUCAGCUGCUUUCAUUUGUUGACAAGUAACUGCGUUUAAGUUACAUAGUGACAUUAUUUGUCAAAGUGAUAAAAAAUAACUUGUAGUAGAGUAUAAAAAGCAUAAUUUCUCAAUUUAAGAAUCAUUACUUGAUAUUAAUCAUCAACAACUUCUUUCUGCACAGGCACAACUGUUGAGCUAUGCAACGAAGAUUGCGAAGCUUGUUCAUAUCUCAACCCCGACCACCCCAGAAUUUAACUGAAGAAUGGAGGAAGAUACCAUGGGGUAACAAAGACAGAGACCUGCUGUUUGUGAGCGGUUAUCAGCCUCAUAAUGACGAGCUCAAUCAGCAAAGAAUUCUGCUUUAUGGACCAACUGGUUCUGGAAAGUCCAGUUUCAUCAACUCUGUGGACAGUGUUUUACAAGGCAGAGUGACUGUUCGAGCUGCAGCGGAUGCAAUCUCUCAGGAGAGCUUCACCAAAAAGUUCAGAACUUACAAAAUCCAGAAAGGAGGACCAGGGACAUUUUACCCUUUUGCCUUCACUGACAUCAUGGGCAUUGAGAAGGAUACUAACAAAGGAGCUCGUGUUGAAGACAUCAAACUGGCCAUGAGUGGACACAUAAAAGAUGGUUACAAUUUCAAUCCAGUCUCUAAAAUUUCUGAGGAUGAUCACAAAUACAACAAAAUCCCAACUCUAAAUGACCAUGUUCACGUUCUGGUUUGUGUCGUCUCUGCCACCACAUCAAAUAUACUGAGUGCUGAAUCUGUAGCAAAGAUGAGGGAGGUCAGACUGGCAGCCAGGGACAUGGGGAUUCCACAAUUGGCUAUUCUCACCAAAAUUGAUGAAGCUUGUCCAGAAGUCAACGCAGACAUAAAGAACGUCUACAGGAGCAAGUACCUGAAGAAAAGGAUGGAGGAAUUGAAUGUGGCACUCGGCAUCCCACUGAACUGCAUCUUUCCUGUGAAAAACUACCACUUUGAGAUCGACACGGAUGAUGACAUUGAUACUCUGAUACUGAGUGCACUGAGACAGAUUAUUUACUCUGGAGAAGACUUUGUCAACAAUCUGUAGACGUAUAUACAGGACAUGCAAAUUUGAGGCGUGGUAAAAAAAAAGAAGACAGUAUUAUUAUUUGUUUUUCAUUUUCAAGUAAUGCAUAUAAUAAGUAAUAUAAGUUAUCUUACUGUGCAACCUGUUUUGUGUUUUUAAUUCAUGUGGUACCCUCUGGUGUUGUAGUCUCCCUGUUAUCAUGAAUCGGGUUAUUAUAAGGUUGUAGGACAUUUAAAUUUCUAUGUUUAAACUUGGCUGAAAAGUACUUCUUGUUACAUAUACUAUACCUCUAACAGCAUUUUCCGUUGCAAUGUUUGGACCUGUUACAUAUUUUUUUAAAACCUCAAUAAAAAGAAACAAAAAUA